ACAUUGUGCCAUUAUUGUAGAAAUGCACUUAGGCUGAUUCAAGAGAAUAAUAAUAAUAAUAAAAAUGCUCUCAGGGACAGAUAAACUCUCAAAACAAUUAUUAUUGUCCCACAUUACUGCAUUAAAAAAAUAAACCAGGAAGCAACUGUAUUGUACUUCGUAUUGUAUUGUAAUGAUAAUAGUGGAUGUACACAGAGAUGUUUCCAGAGAAACAACGGAAGAAGAAAAAGAAAAAAAGGCUAAAUACAACAAAUUAAAAUAGAAAAUCGAUUCUUAUAACCUUCAAUAUAUCAACCAUUCAAUUACUUUCAAUUAAUUAAUAAAGUCAUACAUAAUUGCUUUAUUGAAAGGUUUAAUUAAACAUGUAUAUAUUGAACUAUUUUUUAAAGGAUGUAUUGAUAAAUUUAAUAAUAUGCUAUAGUUUCCCUCCCAAACCUUUUAACUAUCAAAUUAGCUUUCUAUCUACAGUUGGGUCUUUUAUUAAUGCCUCGGCGUGACUUCCUGUAUGACCGUUUUACGUCAUAAAAAAGCGACUGCGCACACGGAGCUCGGUUAAAUCCUAAAUGUCUCCUUCUUCACUAUAUAAGCGCACUACAUGGGUUAUGAUGUUAUGGCUUCUAAGGGUAGAACGUAGGGCACUAGGAAGCAAUUUGGGAUUCAGUCAGCGAUACAUGUGAGAACUUCUUAGUCGUUGAAUUGAAAAGAAAAAAAUGUGUGUGGUGAUUUUGUGAGACAGCGCUAGCUUUAGAAAACACUAAAAAAAAAGCAGCUAAAUGUUAUCUUGUUGGUGUUCUGAAAGGUUAUGUUUGCCAUCAUUAGCUAGCCGAGUUAGCCGUCGCUAAUGUAAACGACCUGUCAGAAUGUACAGCGUGAAGGUUGGGUGCUUUGGCUUGCUCGCUUCCAGGCAGCUGUUAAGCCAAACUAAUUGGAUUCCUAGUUAUUUCCGUGGUGGAGUUUGUGUACAAGACUUGUUUUAUAAUGUUGUUGGACGCAAAACGUCGACGGUGACGUCAGAACCGGUGAUAAUCCGCGUCCCGAGGCGCCUUCAAGACCGCAUAGACAAUGUGAAGCAGGUGAAACGCAAACACCUUGAUAAAGUGGCCACAGUAAAAGCUGGUAAACUGCUGAUCAAAAGCAAGAAUCCAUUACUGAAUCAGUCUGUCAGUUACACCCUGGGCAAGUUUGAAGAACCAGUCCUCACAUCCAAGGGAUGGAAGAAUAGCAAAUCAUUUGGGGACUACUUUACCAUCAACAGCACCCAGAGUGCUCCUCCGUUCCUGCCUAAGACUCAGGAGGAGAAUAAACAGGAUGGACACGGUCACCGAAGGACAUUCGGUCACCUCCGCCUUUCAUCAGAGCUGGUCGAGACGCUGCAGAGUCACAAUAUCACCCAUCCUACCAUUGUGCAGUUGCAGACCAUUCCCAAACUGCUCCGGGGUCACAACGUCCUGUGUGCUGCUGAGACGGGGAGCGGGAAAACCCUGGCCUACCUCCUGCCCGUUAUCCACAAAUUGCAAGAAGAGAUGCCGCAGAUGGCGUUCGGAGAGCAGAAGACGCAAGCGGUGGUUCUUGUGCCAUCGAGAGAGCUGGCUGAGCAGGUGACCUCCGUCGCAAGGACUAUGAGCCGACCGUUUGGGUUAAAGGUUAAAGUCAUCGGUGGAGGAAGAGGAGUCGGGAGCAUCAAGGCAGCGUUCAGCUAUGGUCAGCCUCACGUUCUGGUUGCUACGCCUGGCGCGUUGCUGAAGGCGCUGUGGAGACGCUUUGUGGAUCUAAGCGAACUGCGUUUUAUGGUAGUAGAUGAAGCUGAUACAAUGUUUGACCCCAGCUUUGUAGACAUGCUCGAGAAAAUCCUGCGGCAAACCCAGGUCGCUGCAAAUCUCUCCGAGAUAACCGGACCGAUCCGAAAAGCACAGCUGGUAGUAGUGGGCGCGACUUUCCCCGGAGGCGUCGGCGAGCUCCUGGAUAAAGUGACCGACCUGGGCAGCUUGGUGACGGUUAAGAGCCGGAUGUUGCACUACCUGAUGCCACAUGUUAAGCAGACCUUCGUGAAAGUCAGAGGCUCUGAGAAGGUUCUGGAGCUUCACCAAGCAUUGAAGGAGGCGGAGCCUGAUCGUAAAGGCGUUUUGGUGUUCUGCAAUUCGGCUGCCACCGUCAACUGGCUUGGUUACACGCUGGACGAGAUGGGCCUGCGUCACGCACGUCUUCAGGGAGAAAUGCCUGCCUCGAUGAGGGAAGGAAUCUUUCAGAGCUUCCAAAAAGGCCAUGUUGAUGUUUUGCUUUGUACCGAUAUCGCUUCCCGAGGACUCGAUACGCAAAGAGUGGGGUUGGUGGUUAACUAUGACUUCCCUGAAUCCCAUACAGACUACAUCCACCGAGCAGGCCGCGUAGGCAGGGUAGGAGCCACAGGUGGAGAACACGUCCUGAGUUUUAUCACCCAUCCUUGGGACGUGGCGCUGGUGCAGAGCAUCGAGACAGCAGCCAGGAGGAGAAUGUGUUUACCAGGAAUGGAGACAGAAAUCCAGAAACCAAUCAAAACGUUAUCACAGGAGAACAAAUGAUCUCACACAAACUCAUUCUCACCGCUUGUUUUUUUAUUAUUUUUUUAAAAUUUGAACAUAAUUCAGAAUACUCAUAAUAUGUUAACGAAUACCUAAUAUAUAGUUGAGUGCAAAAGUUUGCAUCCCCCAUAAUAAUUGUUGUAAUGGUUAAAAGAAAAAACGUACCUCUGUUUUACCUGAAAUAAAUAAAUAUUUAUUCCACGAUGUUAAAAAUGAGAUGUAAGUCUAUCUUGUAACCAAAAUAUAAUUGACAGAAAUAACUUAAAAAGAAGUUUUUGCUCCAGAUCUGCAUUUGCAGAAUGUAAAAAUG